AUGGAACUCCUCUCCACUCCAAACAGAUUCAUCCCUAACUAUAAGUGCAGUCUCCUGAAUAAUGUGAUAGCAGCCAUUGGGGGACCAAGUUCUAUGGUUUUUCUUGAUAUGGCCACCAUCAUGACACCUUACAAGUUUGUGCAGGUUGCAUAUAGCUCUGUCCCAGAGAUCAGUACCCAAACUCGGUCUCAUUUCUUUUACUUGAUGUUCCCAAAUGCAAACCAUCAAUAUAAAGGACUUCUUCAGCUCUUUUUGCAUUUUGGCUGGACCUGGAUUGGGCUGUUUUACCUUAAUACUGGCAACAUAGCAGAGACUUUGUGGAGGAAUGUUCUUCCCAUGUUUUCCAAAAAAGGUGUCUGUUUUGAAUUUAUGGAAAAAAUACCAAAGGACUUUCUCAGUGAGGAUGAAAAAGCUGUUCAUAGAUCACAUGCAAUUUUAAACACUGUUUUCAAUAGCACAACUAAUAUUGUGUUGCUUCAUGGAGAAUUUCAGAGUAUUUUAAAUUUAAGGUUUAUGUUCAACAUUUUGGAAUUUGGUGAUAUGGCAUAUGAAUCAAAAGUCUGGGUCAUGACAGCAGAUGUUGAUUUCUCAUCUGUUGUCUUUCAGAGAACUUGGGGUGUUAAUUUCAUUCAUGGCACUCUGUCCCUUUCAGUUCAAUCAAAGGAAGUAUCAGGAUUUCAAGAAUUUGUUCGGGUGAGAAACCCAGCUUUGGCUAAAGGAGACAGUUUUUUAACAGAAUUCUGGCAACAGACAUUUAACUGUAUGCUCCCAACGUCUUCUGUAGACGAAGAGGAUGAGAAUAUCUGCACUGGGGAGGAGAAACUUGAGACUCUCCCUAUGACUGUGUUUGAAAUGAGCAUGACUGCCCACAGCUACAGUGUCUACAAUGCUGUCUAUGCAAUUGCUCAUGCUUUGCAUGCCAUAUACUCAUCCCAAGGCCAGCAAAGAUCAGUGAUGAGACAGAAUUUCCUUAGUCAACAGUCAUGGAAGCUCCACCACAUUCUGAGAAGCAUAUCAUUUAAUAACAGUGCUGGAGAGAAGAUUGUUUUUGAUGAAAAUAGGGAAUUAGUUGCAAGAUUUGAUAUUAUAAACUGGAUCACAUUUCCAAACCAGACAUUUCUUAGAGCCAAAGUUGGAGGGAUAGAUCCAGGGGCAGCCUUUGACAAACAUUUGACUUUUUCUGAAGAGAAGAUAAUUUGGCCCAACCGAUUUAAUCAGGAACAACCUCUUUCACUCUGUAAUGAGAAGUGCCAUUUGGGUUACAGGAAGGCCAAGAUUGAAGGGCAAUCGUUUUGUUGCUAUAAUUGCACCCCAUGUCCAGAGGGAAAGAUCUCAGAUCAAAUGGAUAUGGAUGAUUGCUUCCAAUGCCCAGAAGAUCAUUAUCCAAAUAACGACCAGGAUUUAUGCAUGCCAAAGCAUGUAAGUUACCUAUCCUACAAAGAACUGUUGGGGACCACCUUAGCCACAUCAGCUCUUCUACUUUCUUUUACCACAAUAUUGGUGCUCGGAAUCUUCCUGAAGUACCAUGACACUCCCAUCAUCAAGGCAAAUAACCGAGGUAUCUCCUAUGUCCUCCUUAUCUCCCUCCUCCUCUCCUUUCUUUGUUCUCUACUUUUCAUUGGUCGACCCAUGAAGGUGACCUGUCUCCUUCGACAAACUGCUUUCGGUAUCAUUUUUUCAAUGGCAGUUUCCUGUAUGUUAGCCAAAACCAUCACUGUCAUUCUAGCUUUCAUGGCCACCAAGCCAGGAUCAAGGAUGAGGACAUGGCUUGGGAAACAACUGUCCCUUUUUAUUGUUCUUUUCUGUUCUUUCCUUCAAAGUAUUCUUUGUGCUGUGUGGCUUGGAACUUCUCCCCCCUUCCCAGAUUUUGAUAUGCACUCCAUAAUCAGUGAAACAAUUGUUGAAUGUAAUGAAGGAUCAGUUCCAAUGUUUUAUUCUGUUUUAAGUUUUAUGAGCUUCCUGGCCCUGGUUAGUUUUAUUGUAGCUUUCCUAGCUAGGAAGCUACCAGACACUUUCCAGGAAACUAAAUCAAUCACAUUCAGCAUGUUGUUGUUUUGCAGUGUCUGGUUGUCUUUUGUCCCUGCCUACAUGAGUACCAAAGGCAAAUACAUGGUGGCUGUGGAGAUCUUCUCCAUCUUGGCCUCCAGUGCUGGGCUCCUGUCUUGUGUCUUUUUCCCCAAAUGCUACAUCAUCAUGAUGAGGCCUGAUCUCAACAGAAGGGAGCAUUUAGAAGAGUCGGAAGCGACUAAACGAAUAAACAACAACAACAUGAGUAGUUUGGGAGAUCAUGGAGUUUGA